AUGGAGAAAUCAGCCCAUGACACGUUCUUUGUCACGGAAUGCCUCGACCUUGAAAACAUAUACAUUCAAACCUCAUUCAACGCUGGAACAUCCACUAGUUGGGUACGAGCUGAUCCUCUACAAACAGAUAUUGCAAUCGUUGAUUUCUCCAACAUGACUACAGAAUGGUGGGGUGUGAACGACCAAAUUAAGAGUCAUGCUCAACGAAUCGCAAAUGGAACUGGUGCUAUCGUCGUCGUGCCCGACAUGUACAAUGGAAAGCAAGGUCUGAAUGCUGAAGAAGCUUCGCAUCUGAUGGGAAACCUGGAUUGGAAGAAUGCUAUUCAGCAACUUGAUCAGUUAGUGGAGGACUUGCGUGAUGAAAAGUCACAUAAUCAGCCGCCAUCUGAUAUAAGAAAAGUCGGAUGUAUUGGGUUUUGUAUGGGGUCGGCGCUGACUCUUGCUUUAGCAUCACGAUAUACUGGAAAACCACACCCCUUAAACGCUUGCGUUGCAUUUUAUGGAGUGCCUGAUCAAAAGACAUUCGACCUCUCUCAUAUACCUCUCAAGACACCUGUGCAAGCACAUUUUGGAGCUUUGGAUGCCCACAAAGGCUUCUCAGAUAUCGAAACGGCGAAAAAACUUGAACAACUAUGGAAAAAGGCCGUGAAAGAGAAGGGUGGACGACACGCUGAAGGAAUACACAAGGACGAAUUUGAUGUUUACAUUUAUGAUUCGUAUGGACAUGCCUUCAUGAAUGACGAGGCAUGGAGUCGAGAGAGGAGGCGUGAACUGAAAAUGGCUGGAGAGUAUGAUCAUGACUUUGCCAAUCAAGUUUGGUCAAAGGUCUUUGCAUUCUUUACCAAGCAUUUGAAGAGUGUAUAA